UUUGGCUCAAAGCUCCAGGGAAGUACUGAAUUGUGCGGAGGCCAGCGGACUCCUUGCCAUGCCCAAAGCGAUGCCUCGUGCACUUGGUGCGGUAGGCCUCUCGGCGCUCGGGGCCUGGACUGCCUUCACCGCGCCGCGCCCAGGAGGCCUGCCACGCACGUCGGCCGUCGCUGGCGCCGGCGCUGCUGGCGCUGGCGCUGUGGGUGCGGCGCCCAGCGCCUUGGCGGCGCCGCGCCUCGCCGGCGCCGUGGGCGCCCUGGCCGUGGGCUGCUCCGUGCGUGCGUCGCGGCGGAAGCUGCGCGCGGAGCCGGAACAGCCGCAGCCGGGGAAGGAGCCGGAGAUCGACCCCAGGCGCGCAGAUCCGCCCAACACCAUGCCGCCCGUGAGGAUGCCCAUGGUGGACACAGGCAGCGGCGAGAAGAUUGAUGUCAUGUCCAAGCUGCUGCAGGACCGGAUCAUCAUCCUGGGUGGAGAAGUGAAGGACGAGAUGGCCCAGGUGCUUGUGGCACAGAUGCUUUACCUUGCCAACACAGACCCUGACAACGACAUUACCAUGUACAUCAACUCUCCAGGAGGAUCUGUUUCUGCUGGCAUGGCCAUUUAUGACACCAUGCAGUUCAUCCCUUGCGAUAUCAGCACCGUUUGCUUCGGCAUGGCCGCAUCUAUGGGCUCCUUCCUUCUUGCAGCCGGCACCAAGGGCAAGCGUAAGAGCCUUCCCAACUCGCGCAUUAUGAUCCACCAGCCCUUGGGUGGGGCGCAAGGCCAGGCCCUGGAUGUGCGCAUCCAGGCCCGGGAGAUUCUGCACAUGCGUGAGAUCCUCAACAUGCACCUGGCGGACGCAACUGGUCAGUCCACCGAACAGAUUGCCAAGGACUGUGACCGGGACAACUUCAUGACGCCAGAAGAAGCGAAGGACUACGGCCUCAUCGAUGACAUCACUCCGACCAAGGCCUGGCCUCGGAUCCAGAAGCCCAAGCGGCCAGAGCUCUGAGGGUGACUUUGAUUUGGGUUGGCGCUGGGUUGGUU